AUGACCAUCAUCAGGUGGAUGCUCCAAGCUGCAUUCCUGCUGGGGUUUCUCCCCACAGCCCUCUCCACCAACUACAAGUGGCUGGAGCUCAGACAAGGCAGUUCAGCAUGUCAGGAGCUCCUGAAACAGCUGGAUCGACAGCUCUGCCUCAACUACAGAAUGGACUUCAAGAUCCCCAUGGAGGUGAAGCACCCGGGGCAGAUGAAGAAGAAAGGCAUUGCCUUCGUCAUCCAAGAGAUGCUCCAGAAUAUCUUUGAGGUCUUCAGAAGCAAUUCCUCCAGCACUGGGUGGAAUGAGACCAUCGUCAAGAGCUUCUUGGGUAAACUUCAUGAGCAGAUGGACCUUCUGAAGGAAAUCCUAAAGGAAAUGCCAGAGAACGAAAGUUUGACUCACUUUGCAACAAUUCCACGCUUAAAGAGCUAUUACUGGAAGGUGCAAAGGUACCUUAAAGACAAGGGGUACAGCAGCUGCGCCUGGAUGGUUGUCCGAGCAGAAAUCCUCAGGAACUUUCCCAUCAUUAAAAGACUUACUCGUGUCUUCCGGAACUGA